AUGAAACUACACUGCUCUAAAAUAUUAUUAUUUUCGCUUCAAUUAAAUAUAUUGAUAACAUCAUCAUAUGUAAAUAAUAAAAAUAAACCAUACAUCACACCACAUACAUCUGCUAUUACAUCAAGAGUAUUAAACGAAUGUGACCUAUAUAUGCCCAAUUAUGAUAAAGAUGCGGAUAUGAAAUCUGUGAAGGAAAAUUUCGAUCGACAAUCAUCACGACGUUUUGAAGAAUACGAAGAACGUAUGAUCACAAACAGACAAAAAUACAAAGAACAAUGUGAAAAGGAUAUACAGAAAAUUAUUUUAAAAGAUAAAAUCGAAAAGUUAUUAGAAGAAAAAGUAGAAAAAUGUUGUCUUAUAUGUGGGUGUGGGUUAGGAGGUGGUGUUGCACCAUUUGUUGGAUUAUUUGGUGGACUUGCUGUAAAUGAGAUGAAAAAAGCUGCUGUGGUUGCUGCUACGGAUGUGGGUAUAAAAGAAGCCAUUAAAGAAGUCGGAAGUAUAUUUUACUUAGCUGAUGGAUCUACUAUGGAAUGGACGAAAAUGAUUAACGCAGGAAAUUAUAGUCAAAAAAUGUCUCUUGUAGAGAUAGUGACCAUUCUAAAGAAUAAGUGCGAGGAGGAUGAAGCCCUUGCAGGUCCGUUAUUUUGCAAGGCUUCAGAAGCUGCAACUGAAAGUGGUGAGGUUUUUGAGUUUAGUGGAAAUAUUUCUCGAAUGGCAGCAAAUGCUGCAGAAGCUGCUGGAAAUGCAGCAAAUGGAAAAUAUGCAGAAAUGACAAGUGUUGGUACUAUUUGUUCUAAUCCUGUUGUAAUUUCUGCUAUAGUAGUAGUGAUUAUAGCUGUUAUACUUUUAAUUAUUUAUUUAAUUUUACGUUAUAGAAGGAAAAAAAAAAUGAAACAAAAACAACAAUACACAAAAUUAUUAAAUCAAUAA